UUAAAGAUGGGGAAACAUUUUCACCUGUACGAGAACAUCUCCAAGGUGGACCCCUUCGAGGGGCCCCAGUAUCACCUGGCCCCAUCAUGGGCGUUUUACCUGCAGACCCUUUUCAUGGGCUUCGUCUUCCUCGCAGGGACACCGUUAAACAUUUUGGUCCUCCUGGCCACAGCCAAGUACAAGAAGCUGAGAGCUCCUCUCAACUACAUCUUGGUCAACAUCUCCUUCGCUGGCUUCAUCUUCGUCACCUUCUCCGUCAGCCAGGUGUUCGUCUGCAGCGCCAGGGGCUACUACUUCCUGGGUUACACCAUGUGUGCCUUGGAAGCUGCCAUGGGCGCCGUAGCAGGCCUGGUGACGUCCUGGUCGCUGGCUAUGCUUUCCCUUGAGAGGUACCUGGUCAUCUGCAAACCCUUUGGAGCGUUCAAGUUCGGCAGCUCUCACGCCGCCGGCGCCGUGGUCUUCACCUGGUUCAUGGGGGUGGGCUGCGCCUCCCCGCCUUUCUUCGGCUGGAGCAGGUACAUCCCCGAGGGGCUGGGCUGCGCCUGUGGACCCGACUGGUACACCAACGACCAGGAGCUGGGCACCACCAGCUACAUGUACUUCCUGCUGAUCACCUGCUUCUGCAUGCCUUUGUCCAUCAUCAUCUUCUCCUACUCCCAGCUGCUGGGAGCCCUGAGAGCCGUUGCAGCCCAGCAGGCGGAGUCUGCGUCCACCCAGAAGGCUGAGAAGGAGGUUUCCAGGAUGAUCAUCGUCAUGGUGGGCUCCUUCGUCACCUGCUACGCCCCGUACGCCCUGACGGGUCUCUGGUUCGCCAACUCUCCAGAGGUCAACAAGGACUAUCGGCUCGUCACCAUCCCAGCGUUCUUCUCCAAGAGCUCCUGUGUCUACAACCCGCUCAUCUACGCCUUCAUGAACAAACAGUUUAACGCUUGCAUUAUGGAAAUGGUGUUUGGAAAGAAAAUGGAGGAAGCAUCUGAAGUGUCUUCAAAGACUGAAGUGUCCACAGCUUCGUAAUGCUGGGAGCAAAACUCAGAAGGACAUUUGACUUCCCCAAAGGACUUUUAAAGGUCUGAGUUCAGAGGAUCCACAGGAAACACCAACAUGUAAACAGUUUAUAUAUAAGACACCAGAUAUUUUAUUGUAGAAGGCAUUUGUUUAGAUAAAAGCAACAAAAAUCAAAUAAAAAUGUAUUCGAUUUCUUG